UAUAGUAACUAAGGAACACAACAUGAUCGUCACCACCAUCACCAUCGACAACAAAGCAACCAUAACCCAUUGAAAUUGAAACUCAAAUUUGAGAAAGUAAAGUAUUCAGUAUCGUUACUAUUAUUAUGCCAAUUUCACCUGCAGCUGUGAUCGUCCCAUUGGGUCUUCUCUUCUUCGCUUCCGGUCUCAUCGUUAACCUCAUUCAGGCAACAUGCUUCGUGAUUGUGCGCCCAGUUUCCAAGAAUUUCUACCGACGGAUCAAUAGGUUUGUGGCAGAACUUCUUUGGCUCGAGCUUGUUUGGAUUGUUGAUUGGUGGGCUGGACUCAAGAUUCAAAUAUUUACAGAUCCUGAAACCUUUCAAUUAAUGGGUAAAGAGCACGCUCUUGUCAUAUCCAAUCACAAAAGUGACAUCGAUUGGCUUGUUGGAUGGAUUAUUGCUCAGCGUUCAGGUUGUCUUGGUAGCACCCUUGCUGUGAUGAAGAAAUCAUCAAAGUUUCUGCCGGUCAUUGGGUGGUCAAUGUGGUUUUCUGAAUAUCUUUUCUUGGAAAGAAAUUGGGCCAAGGAUGAAAGCACAUUAAAGUCAGGCCUACAGGAACUGAGGGACUUCCCUCUUCCCUUUUGGUUGGCUCUCUUUGUAGAAGGAACUCGCUUUACACAGGCCAAACUAUCAGCCGCUCAGGAAUAUGCAGCCUCAACUGGAUUGCCAGUUCCCAGAAAUGUUUUAAUUCCAAGAACUAAGGGGUUUGUUUCAGCAGUAAGUCAUAUGCGCUCAUUUGUUCCCGCCGUUUAUGACGUAACAGUGGCAAUUCCUAAGAGUUCACCUUCUCCUACAAUGCUAAGACUCUUCCAAGGGCAACCUUCAGUGGUGCAUGUGCAUGUUAAGCGUCAUUUGAUGAAGGAUUUGCCAGAAGCAGAUGAUGAUGUUGCUCAAUGGUGUCGAGACAUAUUUGUGGCUAAGGACGAUUUGUUAGACAAACAUAUAGCUGAUGACAAAUUCAGUGAUCAUGAGCCACGCGAUCUUGGUCGACCACUAAAGUCUCUUCUGGUUUAUAUAACAUGGGUUGUUGUGGUUGUCGCGGGGACUGUUAAGUGGCUUCAAUGGUCUUCACUACUAUCCUCUUGGAAGGGUAUUGCAUUUACAGUAUUUAGUUUGGCAAUUGUGACUGCACUCAUGCAAAUCAUGAUCAUGUUCACACAAUCCGAGCGUUCAAAUCCUGCCAAAGUUUCGCCUUCGAAGCCCAAAAGUAGAGAAGAAUUGCAGGGUAGUGAUGACAAACAAGACUAGAUCACACACACUAUACCCAAAUAUUCUAUACAUAGGGAACUUAUUUUGCAAUGAAGUGUGGAUUAUUUUGGUUAUGAAAUUCCAGCACCUAUGUAUCCAAUAUUCCUUGUAUUAUUAUGCACACAGAUCCAUUCAUUAUUUUCAAAUUAGGGUUAAUUUGUAUAGACACUAUAGGAUAGGAUGGCCUACAAAAAUCUUGCAUUGUUCUUGUGGGUACUUAAUACAUUCGAAUGUUGAUUUUUGUGGUUAUCUUUGAUUCCUCUUAACGUGUUUUAUGUGCAUGACA